GCCAGGAGUUUUAAGACUAACCAUCUGCUAGUUCCAAUGGGCUCAGACUUUGGUUACAAAGACGCCGACAAAUGGUAUGUCAAUAUGGAUGCCUUGAUUAAAACAAUCAAUGGAAUGGACAAGUCCAAAAGUCAGCGACUUCACCUCAUCUAUUCGACGCCCUCCUGUUACACCUACCACGUGAACAAAGCCCGGCAAGUGCUGGAGACAAAGUCCGACGACUUCUUUCCUUAUGGUAUUGCACCCGGAGUUUACUGGUCCGGGUAUUUCACUACGCGGGGUGGCUUUAAGAUGCAUAUCAGACGGGCGGGACAGAUUCUGCAG